GCCAUGAGCCCACGCCGCGGGCAGGGUCGUCCAGCGUCUGCCUAGGUGCUGUGGUAGUCGCGACUGUAAGACAUCAUGUCUUCCCGGGAGCGUCGCACAGAUGUCUACAUAAAGGCAGAACCGAGCAGCCCGGAGGGCGGAGGGGGAGGUCGGAUCAGCCCUGGUGGGGCCUCUUCAGACUCUUCUCAAAGUGGAGGAACCAGAGGAGACGGCCCUAAACGUUACUCGCCACCACUCUACACGCCACCUCUGCGUUGUCAUUUUAAAGACGAGGGUGGUGAGGGUGCAGAGGAGGGCUCCGCUGGUAACGGGGCAGGGCGAUGCAAGUACGCCCUGAGCACGCUACCCAAGAGGCUGUGCCUCGUCUGUGGAGACGUGGCUUCGGGUUAUCACUACGGUGUGGCGUCCUGCGAGGCCUGCAAGGCAUUCUUCAAGAGAACCAUUCAAGGAAACAUUGAAUACAGCUGUCCAGCAUCAAAUGAGUGUGAGAUCACCAAAAGACGCAGAAAGGCCUGCCAAGCGUGCCGCUUCACAAAGUGCCUCAAAGUGGGCAUGCUAAAAGAGGGAGUACGUCUUGACAGAGUCAGGGGAGGAAGACAGAAGUACAAAAGACGCCCUGAAGUGGAGAAUGCUACAUACCAGAGUGCCCCUCUACCACUGACUAAAGAGAGUGAAAAAGGCUCCUCCAAUUUUAUCGUGUCCCAUCUGCUGGUGGCAGAGCCAGAAAAGUUGUUUGCCAUGCCGGACCCUCUGCAGCCUGACACGGCCCAGCGGACUCUCACCACUCUGUGUGACCUCGCUGACCGCGAGCUGGUUGUGAUCAUCGGCUGGGCCAAACACAUUCCUGGCUUCCUGUCGCUGUCUCUAGCAGACCAGAUGUCUGUGCUGCAGUCGGUGUGGCUGGAGGUGCUGGUGCUGGGCGUAGCGUACCGCUCGCUUGGCUGUGAGGAUGAGGUGGUGUUCGCAGAGGAUUUUGUCCUCGAUGAGGAGAUGUCGCGUGCGGCUGGACUGACGGAGCUGAACGCAGCAAUAAGUCAACUUGCUCGCCGUUUCCGUGCACUAAAUGUGGACCGGGAGGAAUUUGUCAUGCUAAAAGCCAUCGCACUUACAAACUCAGACUCUGUUUACAUCGAGGACAUGGACGCCGUGCAGAAGCUGCGGGACCUCCUCCAUCAGGCCUUGCUGGAGCUGGAGUGCCAGCGACGCCCCGACGACCCUCAGCGGGUGGGACGCCUUCUUUUAACGUUGCCUCUCCUCCGACAGACUGCCGGCCGCGCCCUCACCACCUUCUACAGCAUCAAGACCCGUGGGGGUGUACCCAUGCACAAACUGUUUCUGGAGAUGCUGGAAGCCAUGAUGGACUCUCCGUAGAGCUGAAGAAUUCUCGAGGAUCUUAGGACCCAACAGAGAUCUGGUCUUCUACAGUGGAUGAGUGGUGUAUAAAAAAGGAAAGCUUUUACGAGAGAAUUAUUAAUGAGGAAAAAAUGCUUUUCUGUUUUUGGCAGAGUAAACGAAGGAAAGUUAAAAACAAAAACAAAGGAACGGCUUAUUUAUUCACAUUUUAAGUGAGAACUGGCUUUUUACAUAAAGAUGUAAGAGCCAGACCUCAGCUGAAGGCUUCAUGGUGUAAUAUUUGACCUCCUUCAUGUUCAUCGCAGCAUCAAUCUGCAGUAAUUUAACCACUUAAGGACGACCUUUAGGUACCCAAGAACAGACUGUAUUUGUGUAGCUUUUGAACUUUAAAAAAAUAAUGCUACAUCUGCACAUAAAAGCCAUAUUAACAUAUCUGACAAAAGGCUUGAGGGUCCAAAAAGGAGAAAUGCACAUGUAGUGCUUUUUGAUCUGCUUUAGCUUAGCGUGGCAUUGUAGGCAAACCAUAGGAAUCACUCGCAAUAUUUUAAAAGCAAUAUUAUUGUCUGUCUCAUUCAAACUGUAGAAGAAUAACCGGUUGUCCUUUAGUCUGUGUGUAUUUGUUAUUCUUCACUCUUUGGACCCCAAGGCCUGAGUAUUUCUGAACCCUUGCAUCCCUGACCAAACUGCUUUGUUCUGGUGGACUGGGAGCCAUGAUGCGUGCUGGAGGACUUUUUAAAGGUGGCGCUGUAGAAAAAUCCUUAAGACGCGUUAAAAUCUGGCUUCCAGCAUGCGCGUUUGUGGCCACGUGCACUCAGUGAGAUCAGGGAAGACCACAACUCUCAUUUUACAACUUUUGACGGCGAUUAGAAAAGCAAUGUACAAGCCUCAUCUGCUUUUUUUAUAUUCCCCUCCUCCACUCAAACCACACGAUGACCUCUGCUGCUGUGUUUAAAACGACAACAAGAAAACGAGAAACCGUCCUCUUUUCUUCAUGCGGGCGAAAACCUAACACUAUGACUGAUCUGUGUGAGACUUGGCUGCAUUUUCUGCAGCAGGAACGAAGCUCGCGUAAACGAUCUCGAACGUUUGGGUUCGAGAUCCCUCCUCUUCCGCCUGUGGAUGCACAUCUACUGAACUCGAACUUGUGCCCUGGAAUGGGCUCAGGGCUACAAGAAAUGCAACUUAUGCAACAUCUUUCCUUUUGGAUGUUGAAAACGCGUCAGAGAACGUCCCGCUCUUUCUUCAAAAUGUUUGUACAGUUGCAGUAUAAAUGAUCAUUAUAGCUUAAGAUUCAGUGGAAAACAAUAUCUGAUGUUUAAAAAAAGUCAGAUUUAUUAAAAAAAAUGUAGUGGCCAAAUGGUUAUUACUCUUUUAGCCAUGUACAGUUCCAUAUAAGUAAAAAGAUGCAAUUUGUAGUGGAAGGUAUUAAAGCCAGCAGAUGUAAUACAGACUCCCCAUUACGAAGAUCUUUGUGCAGCUUACAGCGCUGAUGUUUAAGACUUGAAACAAUUUCACACCAUGACUGGGUUUGAAAUUAGUCUUUUCAUUCAGCGCCAUUUGUUUUUAAAAACGUUUUGUUUUCCAGGGCUACCCGCUAGUUUAGGGAUCAAUCUAAAUGGCUGUAAGGUGAGGACAGGCAGCAUCGGCCGCACGGCCCAGUACCUGUGGCGAUAAUGGAUAGAUCAAAUUUUUUUGUAACCUAAGUUUCUGUUUCUG